AUGCUUGGUAGCACCCCCCUUGGGGACUCUCAUAUUCAUAUUAUCGAAUCCGACAAGUAUCCACUCAAUCCAGAUAGAGAGUACACCCCAAAGGCGGCGACUCGCGAACAGGCCGCAGCAUUUGAACGUUCCAUCGGCAUCCAGCAUGCUGUCAUCGUCUUACCUAGCGUAUAUGGAACCAACAACAGCGUCCUCGUUGACGCCCUUCGCUCCUCCAAUGGCACUUAUCGCGGCGUCUGCGUCUUGGACCUCUCGGCGGAAAUUGAUAACACCACCCUUCAAACCUUCCACGACGCUGGCGUCCGCGGUAUCCGCAUCAACUACGGCAACGAAGGGACAGACGCUCAGAUCACCGCCGAUACCAUCCGUGCGGCGUCCAUCGCGCGAAUUCACAAUUGGACCCUGGAGCUCUGGGUCCCUAUCGCCGCGUUCAAGUCCCUCCACCCUAUCAUUCCAACCCUGGGUGUACGCGUCGUAGCAGAUCAUUACGCCCAUGCUAUGACAGGCUCCCGCACGGGCAAUCCCAUCAACUCUAUCGACCCCUUCAGCAUCCUCGGGUUUCGCGAAGUGGUGGAUCUCAUGCAACGACACCACCUUUUCGUCAAGAUCUCGGCGCCGUACCAGAACUCGCGGAACGAGCCGCUGUAUAGUGAUCUGCGAGUCGUUGCGGAGACUCUUAUGUUACAUGGGCCGGACAUGGUGGUUUUUGGAAGCGACUGGCCGCAUACGGCGAGUAAGGAGGGGAAUGAAGCUGGCGGGAGAUUGGUUGAGUAG